UUCCCAUCCCCAACUCCUGCUAUCCCAACUUGGAAGGCAGCAGGCAUGCGUGGUGUCCUCCUCCUCGCAUGGUGACAGGCUCGUGUUAUUGGCACCGAGCAGGGUGGAGAGGAGGAGGCAGGCAGGGAGGUGGGAUUGGUGGGGGAGCUCUCUCGCUCUCGGCUGCCUUCAGCUGUUCCCAUCCAAAUGCCAGGCCAGCGCGCAGCCUGCAGCAGCCCCGUUUAACAGCGCAGCCCCGAGCAGAAGUUGGCGAGUUGCUGCUUGGGAAGGGCGGGCGGCUCCGGCGUUGGGGGGUGGCGGCUGCGGUCUAUGAGGGACUCCCGGGCGCCGCAGGAACCGGCGAGCCAUGGACGGGGGUGGGGGUGUCUCCUCCUCGGCCCUGGAGAAGAACGUGGCGGAGCUGACGGUCAUGGACGUGUACGACAUCGCCUCGCUGGUGGGGCAGGAGUUCGAGCGGGUCAUUGACCAGCACGGCUGCGAGGCCAUCGCCCGCCUCAUGCCCAAGGUGGUGCGGGUGCUGGAGAUCCUGGAGGUGCUGGUGAGCCGCAAUCACAUCAACCCCGAAAUGGAGGAGCUGCGGCUGGAGCUGGAUCGGCUCCGGCUGGAGAGGAUGGACCGGAUCGAGAAGGAGAAGAAGCACCAGAAGGAAUUAGAACUGGUGGAGGAUGUAUGGAGAGGGGAAGCACAGGAUCUUCUUACCCAAAUUGCUCAGCUUCAGGAAGAGAACAAACAGCUGAUGACAAACCUGUCGCACAAAGACAUCAAUUUCACAGAAGAGGAAUUUCAGAAACACGAAGGAAUGUCGGAGAGGGAGAGGCAAGUGAUGAAGAAGCUGAAGGAAGUGGUAGAUAAACAAAGGGAUGAGAUCAGAGCCAAGGACCGGGAACUGGGACUUAAAAAUGAGGAUGUGGAGGCACUGCAACAACAACAGAACAGGCUAAUGAAAAUUAAUCAUGACCUUCGGCACAGAAUCACAGUAGUUGAGGCUCAAGGGAAAGCGCUGAUUGAGCAGAAGGUGGAAUUGGAAGCAUAUCUGCAAACCAAGGAACAGGAGAUGGGCACUUUGAGGGCAGAGCUUGGGAAGCUGAGAGAGAAGCUACAGGGGGAGCACAGCCAAAAUGGAGAAGAAAUAAAGACAGAACCUAACAAUGAUGACUUUCUCUCUGAAUCGGAGAAGAUGGCUCUGGAUUUAAAAGAUCCAAACCGUCCAAGAUUUACUCUACAAGAACUACGGGAUGUCUUACACGAGCGGAAUGAACUGAAGUCUAGAGUGUUUUUGUUGCAGGAGGAGCUUUUAUAUUAUAAGAGUGAGGAAACAGAAGAAGAAACUAGAUCCCCUCAACCUACACCCAUAAUUAAUUCAAAAACCUCAACUCAGCCAGAAUCUGGAAUCAAACGACUGUUUAGUUUCUUCUCUCGUGAUAAAAAACGCAUGCAGACGACACAGAAAAACGUUCACUUCCAGGAUACUUUUGGCGAAUGGGCAGAUUCAAACAAAGAGGACUCCUACACCGAACAAGGCCAAGAGGCCCUUCAGCAUCUGUGAUUAACACUCCAAGCCGUGUUGCUUACCACAGUAGAUCUGAAUAUUCUAGUAACAAGAAGCUUCCGUAACCAAAUCUGGCAGCUCAUCAUUUUUUAUUUGCCUGGCACAUGUUGACGGUUGUUUCAGACAUACUUUUCCAAAGGGAUUCCUCAGUGUUUACGUGGCGACUGCUCUCCGAAAACAGAAUCCAGGCUCUGUAGUAAUGGUUAUUUAUACUCUCGGGUAUCGAAGCUUCUAGAUAACUGGUUUUGUGCUGAAUAACAAGUCUGUCUGACUCUUGCAUUAACUACAGUAACACAAGCUUCUUUAAACCAAAAAGCCCCCUGUGCCAUUAUUAGAGGUUUAUUUGCAUUGCACAAUAUCUAGUGGUGAAGACUCUGAUACCAUGUUUGUUAACUGGGGGAGGGGUGGGGGGGAUUUUUCUUAGUUCUGUUAAUGACACUUUCAAAGAGAGAGUUUGCAGUGUAUACGCUAUUUCCAGGGCAGGUCCUACCACAGCUGUAUCCUGUCAAACUCACAGGUUGCAGAGAAACUUCUUGGAACGUCAACUGAUAAAAAUACAAAAGAAACUGGAACAGCUGUGAGGGACUGUGAUUGUAUAUUCCCCCUUGUUGUUUAUAGUGCCUAAAGCAUGUAGAUACUGAUGUACGAGGUGAGUGUGCCUUGCCUUUUGCUCUGAGUUAUGCAGUAUUAACAGAAAAUGAAUUGCUCACAUGGAGGAAUUCUAAACACUC